CCAUCAAUUAUUUGAAACGAUCCAUCCGAUGAAUAGACCAAGACCUUUUGUUGUCCAAAUCUCCAAUGCGCUUGUGCGUGAAUACAACUACCGUGAAAAACGUUCCUGAAACUUAAAAAAUCGACUAAAUUUCUGAAGUCUUGGUGUUAGAAGCGAACGAAAUGGCCCAACCUCAACAUAUUUUAAUAGAAAAUUUUUCUGAUGGUGAAUUGAUUUCCUAUCCAUUGAUCAUACUCAAAGGAUUCAUUGACAAGCAACCAAAUCACCAUUGCAACGAGAACCAAGAUCACACUGUAUAUCUACAACAUUCCAAUAAUAACUACGCUUACAAUUGUCGAAGUGAUCAAUUUAAGUUCAUUCUCCACUUGAAAGAAGGCACAAAUGAAAUAAAAGUGAAAUAUUGUUGUGACGAUGUCCUGCUACGUUUAGAAUAUUCCCCAAGAUUAACAAAAUAUACGGUGUGUCCCCUAUACAUAAUAUGCAAGGGCCAUGAUGGAAGAUUUCAAGCUCCAGAAAAUCAAGAUAACUCUGAAGAAAGCGCAUGUAAGAGGAUAAUGUUAAUUGCCAAAAUGUUACAGAGCGUUACUGCUGAAAAACUGUACGAGAAGACUUUGGUCAGAAAAACUUUUUCAUUGGAGAAUCAGUGCCAAAUUUUUCGUAGUGGGUUAUCUCAAUCAGAUGCUGUAGAAAUGAACGAAAGGCAACUUUGGGAACAUAUAGGAAGGGAAAUUAUGAAAUCUGAGCUGGGCAAUGAUAGAAGGAAAUAUCUGGGAUUUCUGUCAUGCACUAGGUACUGUCGAGAAAAAUAUGACCCAGCAUUUACAACCCAUCAACAACUCAUAAAUAUAACAGAAUCAUAUGUAGCCCUAGGUGGUGGUGGUCUAGCUCUUUUUGGUUCUGCCAGUUUUCACACUUGGCCUGAAGAUAUGGAAGAGAUAGUGAGAAAAUUUGAAGAUCAAACUCCUGUCGAUAAAACAAAAUUUCUAGACGACAGCUGCUAUAGGAGCACCCUUGGCGCAUGUUUCUCCACCAGUUUGGGUUCCGUACUACACGAACUCUGUCACACUUUUGAUCUAGGACACACCCAAUCUGGUAUCAUGGCCAGAGGUUUCGACAAUAUUUACAAAGUCUUCACGCCGCACAACGAAGACGAUCAUAGAAUAUCAGCGAAUUUCCACAAAACCAUAGAAUUCAGGGAAAAGUUCGAGCCAAAAUUGUUGUCCGAAAGACUAAAAGAUGUGCCAAAGGAAUUUCAAGUGACUGGGUCCACCAAGACUGAAAGAGACGUGGAUGAUACAUUCUGGACCAAAAGUUGUGCCACAAUACUCAGUUAUCACAGGUGGUUCAAUGAUUUUCCUGAAAGUUCAACCUAUGUUCUGAAAUAUGACGAAAACACAAAAGUGUUCUUGUCAACAGCAGGUUUGCGUGUAGUUGAAUUGAGAAGAUCAAACGACGAGAUGGUUUUAAGAGACUGGGUUUUCACAGGAAAAAUCUUGAAGUAUUCAUUUCCCAUUCCAGUCGACGUGAAGGAACAAGAAGGUGUUUCCGAUUCGAUAAUAUUCGCUGAAGAUAAUGUUGGAAACAUUUUGAAAUCGAAAUUUUGAAGGGAAUAGCACACCAAUGAGAAAUUUAAAAAAUUCGAAGUACUUCCAAAUGUAGAUAAAUUAAAAAGUAGAUAGGUAUUUACUAUAAAUAUUAAUGUAUUGGAUUGUAGAUUUCAGAAAUUAGAGAACUCUUGAACGGGUUCAGCCUAAAAGUUGUGAUAUUCUAUAGAAUUCGUAGAAAUCUAUUGUAAAAAUUAUUGAAUUAUAUAAAAGCACAAUUUACUGUACAAUUGUGUUAUACAAAUGGCAUUUAUGUGUAUUAUUUUAUUUAUUUUAAUGGCCGUUUUAGG